AUGGGGGAGGAGAACUGCACCUCUGUGACAGAGUUCAUUCUUCUCGGAUUAGCACAUGCCCCUGAGCUCAGAGUCUUCCUCUUCCUGGUGUUCCUUCUCGUCUAUGGCGUCACCGUUGCAGGAAAUCUGGGCAUGAUUGCAGUGAUUCAGGUCAGCUCUCCACUUCACACUCCCAUGUACUUUUUCCUCAGCCACUUGUCCUUUGUGGAUUUUUGCUACUCCACCAUCAUCGUGCCAAAGAUGCUGUCCAAUACCUUAAGCAGGGACAAAGCCAUCUCCUUCCUGGGUUGCAUGGUGCAAUUCUACUUGUUUUGUACCUACGCAAUCACUGAGGUCUUCCUGCUGGCUGUGAUGGCCUAUGACCGCUUUGUGGCCAUCUGCAACCCAUUGUUGUACACAGUCACCAUGUCCCGGAAUCUCUGUAUGGAGCUGGUGUCUUGCUGCUACCUCUGGGGGAUGAUGUGUUCUCUGAUCCACUUGUGUUUAGCUCUGGAGAUCCCAUCCUAUAGAUCAAAUGUGAUUAACCACUUCUUUUGUGAUCUGCCUCCUCUUUUAUGGCUUGCUUGCUCUGAUGUCUCUAUUAACGAACUCACGGUGUUCAUUGUGGUCACUGUCAAUGAGAUCAUCACCAUCGUGGUCAUCUUCACUUCCUACUUGCUGAUUCUCAUCACCAUCCUGAGAAUGCACUCUGCAGAGGGAAGGCGUAAAGCCUUUUCCACCUGUGCCUCCCACCUCACAGCCAUCCUUGUCUUCCAUGGAACGAUUCUUUUCAUUUAUUGCCAGCCCGGUUCUGGCUACAGUGUGGAGACUGACAAGGUGGCCACAGUAUUCUACACCAUAGUGAUCCCCAUGUUGAACCCCCUCAUCUAUAGUCUGAGGAACAAGGAUGUGAAAGAAGCUCUCAAGAAAAUAAUUGGCUCCUCUUUGCACUCUUCUUAA